UGCUUUAGUUGCGUCCAUGUAGUGAUAGAAGGUGCUAGUGUAAUGUUUAAAUAAGUAAUUAAUUUUAAACUUAAUUUUAAGAGUAGUUUGGUUUGAAGUCGAUUGACCUUGUGUGAUAGUAAUAAGAAGAAAAAUCGGGCAAGAUGUGUCCGAUUUGGCCGUUGCACCUGAUCAUCAUAUACCUGCUAGCGCUAUGUCCGCUGUGGGUGAUCUGCCAAGCGGUGCCUGACCUGACCGCGACCUUCAUCCCUGAUGAGGUCACCAUCAACAUGAACGAGUACACAUACGUCAACGUUUCUGUUAGCGGUACGGGGAUGCAGGCAGGUGAUCAAUUCACGUUGUUAACGUCAGACCCUCACUUGGCCGAAGCAGAAUGGAAUUCAACAUAUCAGCUGACGGAAACAGAUGUCGUUAACAGUAAAUUUGAAGGAAAUAUGAGAGUUUCAGCGAAAUUUUUAGGUAGAACUAAUGUUGUGAUAAAUGGAAAACGCAACAAUCAACCCUUGGACGUCAAAAACAACAGUAUGCCAGUGAUAAUUAUAAGACCAGAACGAGUGAUAGACACUAUAUUCGUCACGUCCGUCGCUACUUUUGUAUCACUAAUUUUCAUAAACUUUGGUUGCGCGAUGCACUGGCCUACGGUAAAGGAAGUGCUGAAAAGGCCUAUAGGGCCCGUCAUAGGAAUGUGCGGACAGUUCCUCUUUAUGCCACUUAUGUCGUUCGGUCUAGGGUUCCUGAUCUUCCCCAACGACCCAGCUAUGCGUCUAGGAAUGUUCUUCACUGGAGUAGCGCCCGGCGGUGGUGCUUCCAAUAUAUGGACCUUCAUUCUUGGUGGAAAUCUUAAUCUGUCAUUAGCCAUGACAUCAAUAUCUACACUCGCAUGUUUCGGUUUUAUGCCAAUGUGGUUGUUUUCCCUCGGCCAAGUGGUGUUCCGUAACGCUCAAAUAGUGGUUCCGUACACACGUAUCGCGACCUUCGUAAUAGGGUUGCUUGUUCCUCUGGGGAUAGGGUUGGGUAUGCAGCGCUGGACGCCUAAGAUUGCCGCCUUCAUGGUGCGCAUCCUUAAGGGUUUCUCGACAACCCUACUGCUGUUCAUCAUUAUAUUCGCUAUCGUCACUAACUUGUAUAUCUUCGAGUUGUUCACGUGGCAGAUCGUUGUAGCCGGCAUGGGUAUCCCAUGGCUAGGCUACUGCGCGGGGUACUUGGUAGCCCGUCUAUUUCGUCAGCCUCACCCUGACGCGCUGGCUAUAUCCAUAGAGACGGGUAUCCAGAACACUGGUAUUGCCAUCUUUUUGCUGAGAUACGCUCUUGGACAACCCGAGGCGGAUCUUACUACAGUGGUGCCCGUGUCAUGUGCGAUCAUGACUCCGAUCCCCAUGACGUGCAUCUACAUCUAUCAAAAAGUUAAAGCUUGCUUUGUCAACCGAGGAAAGCACAAGAAAAUGCUGGAAGAAGACGUCACACCUCGAGGAGACACGCCACAGCCCACAAUCCUCACAACCGCUGAUCUUUACGGACGGGCCAAUAAAGGUCUAGAGGACGUUGAGGGCAACACCCAGACUGACGUCUCUGACGUCAAACCCGACGUUAACGUCAACACCAUCUCCGCCACCGUCAACUAACAUGUAUAACACGGUUGUUAAUUGUUUAACUUUUAUUUAAGUGAUAUUAUUUAUUCAUCUAAGACUUUAUUUAAAAAACGAACGUCUCAAAGCAAUACGUUAUAAAUUGUGCUCUAAAAUUGAAAUUUUAACUAGUGUUACCAGAUACAAUAAUUGUAAGACAUAUCUUGUCACAUAUAAAAAUGUAACUUAAAUAGUUUAUGAUCUUGAUAUACGUGUUAUUUGAUAGCGAAAUAUUUUUCUGAAACUUUAUUGUAUCUUGAAUGUUGAUUUAUUUUUUAUGGGUGCUAUUCCAUCCACUUUGUGAAAAUUUUCUGAAAGCAUUAUUAUGCAUUUUUGGAGGACUUGUGAUUUUAUUUAAUUAUUUAUUGCUAUGCGGGCCUUCAUAUGUUUUGGCGCCGCACAUUUCUUUACAAAGAUGGCGCAUAUUCUUAACUACUGCAAUAAAAUCGAAGAUUAUAUUGUGAUAUUUUUCGAUAUUUUUUAAGGGAGUUAAGAAUAUGUGGUCAUCUAGACUUUUGUCACGAAAUUGAAUGAAUUUCACCUAUAGAAUUGUAUUGUAUGUCACUCGAACAAAUUUUUAUAUUAUUUUCUCUUUCUGUUCCUUAAUGGCACCAAUAUGGUUAAGGGUACAAUGCUUGAUUAUUUCGCAUGUGUUUUCAUGUUGCCAGAAUUUAAAUAUGACACACUAGACUGGAAAUCGACCUUAUUCAAAUUUGCAUUGUUAAAGGAAUUAAAUGAAAUACACAUUUUGGAAAGCAUUUUUGGUAGUAAAUAUCUCAAUAAUCUGGCAAUACUGUGUGGUAGAAAUAGACAUAGCUUUCUUUUUUCAAAUUUUGCUUUAUUUUUUCAACAUUUAUGUUUUAUUUUGCUUUUUUUAAGUAUUUGUAUUGUAUACGAUCUCGGUUCGUAUUACGUCGGUGACUUUCGCAACUCGUUUAUAGGUGAAACAGAUGUGAAGUAAGGUAAUCGUUGGUUUAAAAUGUUUGGUAUGAGAUCAGUAUUGUGUUGUCAUGUGAGAUCAUUAUGUUAAGAAUCUAAUACAAACGUUUUUAUAAACAAAG